AAUUAUAUCCGCUUUUUACCCAUAUUCGUAGUACUUUUAUACAUUUCCUAAGUCAUUUUAUCAAUUUGUAUAAGCUUAAAGUUAAACAAAUAUUAAAAACAAUUUGAUUUAUUUAUUUUAGAGUUUCAUUAUUAUUAAACACAAGUGAUUUUUCAGUAAAUAUCAUGGCGCAAACUGGCCUUAACCCUGAUACGGAAGCACAUAAAUUACGUACACUGAUUUUAAACGCCCGGAAACCGUUGGUGCUUCGUAAUUUUAAAAUGAAUUGGAAAUGUUUUGAACAAUCGCUAGAGGAAUGGUGUACAAAUUACGACAAAGAAGUGAAUUCAUUGACGGAAUUCGAGCUAAUGCCUUGUAACCAAGGAAACAAUACGCCACACUGGGAAUGCCGCAGAGAAUCUAUACAAAUGAGCUUGUCACAAUUUUUAGAAAAACAAAAGACUUUUACAGAUAAAUUUUGGAUUGGAUUGAAUUAUCAAAGAAUGAACAAUAUACCAAAUGUGCUUAAAGAAGGUAUUGACUUUUCUAGGUUAGGUUUUAGCGAUACUACGAACGAGUGUAAUUAUUGGUUGUGCUCCACACAAACGAAUACUCCUUGCCACUAUGAUACUUACGGAUGUAAUAUAGUCGUACAAGUUUAUGGAAGAAAGUCAUGGAUACUUUUUCCUCCUAACACACCUCUCUCUUGCACAAGAAUACCUUAUGAAGAAUCCAGUGUUUAUUGUGAGGAAAAUUUUUAUGCACCAAAUACGAAAGAGCUUCAGCGUUUAUCAGAAAUGCAUGAAUCAGUCUACCGGUGCAUAUUAAAUGCGAAUGACGUAUUAGUCGUGCCCAGACAUUGGUGGCAUUAUGUAGAGGCAGUAGAUAUCUCAUUUAGCAUUAAUUAUUGGAUACCUUUAGAGAAUGACAUAGAAGAACAAUUAAAAGAGUGCAUUGUUAAAAUAUUAAUUGAGCGCUUCGUACAAAGUGGAAUGAAGGAAGAACAAAAGUAUAUUCUAAACCCUAAUCAGUUGAAUGAGAUUGAAAGUGAUGCUGAAAUAUUUACAAUUUUAGAAUACUUAUGCAAGAACUUAAAAACGGAUUGUUCGACGCCAAAAUCGCGCAGACUUAAUGUAACUCGUCAUCCUUAUCAAUAUAUAAACGAACAGGAAACUCAAAAACUAAUUCAAGAUUUACCAGCAGGAAUGAUAGAAUGUGUGUCACCAAUGCAAAGAAAUGAUUAUGAAAUUUUACUUAAACAAAACGCGAAACGUUUCAAUGCAACACAAACCAACAAUGCUAAUCCUUUAUGUGAUAUUAAAAGAGCGCUGAUAAACAGUGUUUGUGCACCGUCGGUUAUAGAACAAAUCAAAAAGGGCUUUUUUAAGCGCUAUGGACAGUAAUCAACUAUAUUUAAAGUAAAGUGUGUAAUAAAAGAACAUUUCAGUUAACAUGAUUUUUAUUAUUAAUUGAAGCUUCGGUUAUUCCAUUUUCAUAUACAUUUAUAUAUGUGUACAAGUAAAUAUGAAUUUCGUAAUAUUGCAGUACGCUUGGACUAUAAUACUAAAUAAUUUCGAUAAGUGAAUUCAAGUGCAAAACUUUAGAAUAAUAAAAAAUGCUCCCUUCCACCGAUUUGGGGAAAUAUUAAAA